AUGGCUACUACACCAAAACAAGUGAACGGCAAACCGUCGAAUAAUAACGGCUCCCUGGGAAAGCGGAAGAAAUCUCGUGGGAGCAGAGGCUCGUACCUGUCGAAAUGGUUAGAUAAGACAAUGCACCACAUACAAGAGUCAACACCUAGCAUGGAUACGUACGAUACUUACGUAAAUCCGAACUUGCACUAUGCGAUGGGUAGUUCUCAGUUUGCUCCCGGCUACGAUCCUUAUAGACACAUGUACGGCUGUGGGCCUGAGCCAAUGUCUCUGCCCACACUGCCUUCAUACUGCAACCCACCUAUGAUGCCAUUCUAUGGGCCUGAGUAUCGGUACGUGCAGAAUGUAAACAAAAGCAUUCAAGUACAGAGGCCGAGACUGCGGCGCCGCAGUGAUAACAAGGCUGAGGAGGUGAACAACGCCUCUCGGCAAGGGACCCCGACCCACUCGCACGCCAUGAAUUAUUUGCAACCAAAGAAUUUGACUGACAGCCAGGAUUUUGCUAGUUUACCCCCAAUAGUGACGUCUGUUGGUGAUACAAACUCCAACAGUGAGAUUAAUAUAAAUGAAAAGGAUGAAGGGAACAAUGCUAGGAGGUUCAGUGACCCUUGUGUGAGAGGUUUGCCUGAUGUAGCGAGGCCUGCUAAUGGUGAUGUGGACUCUGGAUCAGAAGCCAGUUCUGACAUGUCUGGCAGCCAGGUUGGCAGCAGACUCCUCACAUGUCUCUUAGACCAAAUAUCUUCCCUGAAAAUGGCAAAUGAAAGACUGAGCAAAGACUUAAUGGAUACCAAAGUGGAGCUGGAGAAUUUGCGACAACACAACGCCAUACUGAAAGGUUCCAGUUCGAGUAUGGGUGCUACGCCUAACCAUUCACUUAAUGAUAAUGCGUACCUAGCAGGACAGUAUGCUCCGGGCUUCCUGACCGACUUGGUGCGGGAGAUCAGGGACGCAGCGCGCAUGCGCGAGGAUGCGCUGUACUCGCGCGUACGAGCCAUGGUCGUCGAAAGAAACGAUAACGGUUUGACAUCUUCGGAAGCUAAGUUCACGGAAAAAGCUCUUGAAGAGAUCAAGAGUUCUCUGCGUGCUUCAGAGGCGGACAAGCGUCGUAUGAUGGAUCGCAUAGUCAAACUGGAAGAUGAAUUGCGAGUCUUAAGAGUCACAAACGGUUUCGAGUCGAACGAAAACAAAAUAUCGAACGGUAACGUCGAAGACGCCGACGCUGAGCGGAUGCGCUUGCGCAAAGAACUUGCGGACAUGCGCAAAGCUAAGCAAAACGCUGAGGAUCAUUCGCUUAAACUCGAACGUCUUGUAACACAGCUACGUUCAAAAUUCAACGGGCUCCAACUCACGAAUGGCCCCGAAUCGUUGCCGAGCGAUGCCGAACACGACACGAACGUGCGCGCUCGCCGAACGAGUGUCAACUCGGCGAACAAUUCCACUGUUGUCUUUGGCCCAGUUACCGAUUUGUAG